UUUAUAUUUGCUCCUUGCAAAAUAUACAUAUAACAAUGUUUGCCUUGGUUAAUAAAGCUUGAAAAUAUUCACAGUCAGCUUAAGGAGAAGCAGCAUGAAUCAGAGCUAAGACAGUCCUAACUUAACGUAGGUAAUAGUUGAUACAUGCUGUCAAAAUACCCGACAUGUGUUGAUAUUGGUGGUAUUGUUAGAUCUUGGCAGUGAGAGAGUGACAUUAUCAAUAACAACAUAGUCAAACAGCGUGUUUGGACCGUUCUCGGUUUGAUAUUUACUUUUCUUGGCUUCGCCUUACCAGCUGGAAGAAAGCUUCAACGUAUCCAAGAGCGAAGAGUGCAUAUUGUACGACACUUGGAAUAUAUAACAAGAAGAAUAUGGACACAAUUCUAUCGCUUUUCCUGCUCGUCUUGUACCACGCUGAAAUAGUGCAUGGAGCGGUGGUAUUUUGCGAUAGUGUUAACUACACAAUAAUAAGCGACACUCGUCGUAGCACAGCGUUAAGAAGUAAGCAACCCCACAUUUGUGAUAAAGAAAUUAUUGUCGACGAUCAUUGGUAUCGAUUUAAAAGUGCAGCUGGCAAUACAAUCCCCACAGUAAAUCCGGGUACACAACGCUGUGGCGCGCUGAUUCCAAUUUGGUUCCAAGGAACUCAUCCAACCACCGAGAAUCUUGUUGUUGAUGGGAAGGCAUGUGCGGCAAUUCCUUUUUACCAGCCUCCUGGCUGUGGUAUAUCCUUUUCCAUAAAGGUUGUUAAAUGUCCGGGCGAUUUUUACCUUUAUCGACUCAAAAAGCCCGCAAGUUGUGGUUUCGCUUAUUGUGCAGGAGACAAAAUUGCAUCGCCUAUAAUCGAUACGCCAUCUGACGUUGUGCCGACGGUGGUAUUUUGCGAUAGUGUUAACUACACAAUAAUAAGUGACACUCGUCGUAGCACAGCGUUAAGAAGUAAGCAACCCUACAUCUGUGAUCAAAAAAUUAUCGUCGACGAUCAUUGGUAUCGAUUUAAAAGUGCAGCUGGCAAUACAAUCCCCACAGUAAAUCCGGGUACACAACGCUGUGGCGCGCUGAUUCCAAUUUGGUUCCAAGGAACUCAUCCAACCACCGAGAAUCUUGUUGUUGAUGGGAAGGCAUGUGCGGCCAUUCCUUUUUACCAGCCUCCUGGCUGUGGUAUAUCCUUUUCCAUAAAGGUUGUUAAAUGUUCGGGCGAUUUUUACCUUUAUCGACUCAAAAAACCCGCAAGUUGUGGUUUCGCUUAUUGUGCAGGAGACAAAAUUGUAUCGCCUAUAAUCGAUACGCCAUCAGACGUUGUGCUGAUGGAUGUUUCUACAAAACUGUCUGCAACACUGAAAACUAAAUCCAUCGACGUCGUCACCACAUCCAAGCAAAUUUAUACCUCAGCAGGCGCCAGGUUUGCAUCGACUGUAAUCCAUACGCCACCAAUAACUAUUCGGCCAGUGGAUGUUUCUACAAAACUGGCUGCAAUACUGAAAACUAAAUCUACCGACGUCGUCACCGAAUCCGAGCUUUACGAGAUCCUACCAAGGGUAAGGGUUCUGCAAAGUUACUCAUCAGCAGGAGCCAGGAUUGCAUCGUCUGUAAUACAUACGCCAUCAGUAGAUAUUCCAAUGGAUAUUUCUACAACACUGGCUGCAAUACUGAAAACUAAACCCACCGACGUCGUCGCCGAAUCCGAGCUUUACGAGAUCCUACCAAGGGUAAGGGUUCUGCAAAGUUACUCAUCAGCAGGGGACAGGAUUCCAUCGCCUGUACUCCAUUCACUAUCAGAAAAUAUGCCAAUGGAGAUUUCUACAAAACUGGCUGCAACUGUGAAAACUAAAUCCACUGACGUCGUCACCACAUCCGCGCUUUACGGGAGCCUACCAACGGAUCUCGAAUUUAACACCUUAGCAGGAGUUCUAGGUGCGACAUUUUGCGAUAGCGUUAAUUACACAAUAAUAAACGACACUCGUCGUAGUACAGCGUUUGAAAGUAAAACGCCCUACUCAUGCGAUCGAGGAUAUAUCGUCGAGGAUCAUUGGUAUCGAUUUCAAAGUGCAGCUGGUAAUACAAUGCCCACAACAAAUCCAGGUUUACAACGUUGUGGCACGUACGUUCCAAUUUGGUUCCAAGGAACUCAUCCAUCCAUUGAGAAUCUUGUUGUUGAUGCUAAAGCAUGUGCAGCCGUUCCGUACACCCUUCCUGUUGGCUGUGGCCAAUCUUUUGCCAUAAAAGUUGUUAAAUGCCCGAGCGAUUUUUACCUGUAUCGAUUGAAAGAGCCUACAACUUGUGCAUCCGCUUAUUGUGCAGGGGACAAGAUUGCCUCGUCUGUAAUCCAUACGACUUCAAUUGUUUCAGACGCCCGUGUUUCUAUAACGCCUCCUUUAUCGCUGAGUGCAAACUUCACCGAAGUCGUUAAGCCUUUGAUAUCAGCAGUUUUGUUAUCUUCAACUGUAGCAGAUGCCCGUGUUUCUACAACGCUUCCUUUUUUGCUGAGUUCUAACUCCACCGAAGUCGUCAAGCCUUUGAUAUCAACAGUUUUGCCAUCUUCAACUGUAGCAGGGAACAGGAUCGCAUCGCCUGUAAUCCAUACGUCAUCAGAAAUUAUACCGAUACAUAUUACCAGCGUUGUCACCACAUCCGAGCUUUACGGGAACCUAUCAACGAUUCUGCCCAUUUACACCUCAACAAAUGUUUUGACAACACUCUCAGUAACACCUAGUAGUAAAGAUGUGAUCAAAUGUGAAGAAUCGCACAAAGUUUGCCAUUCCAAUGCUAUCUGCACCAACAGUGGAGUAUAUUUUUCCUGUAAAUGUCGGCAUGGUUUCACGGGCGAUGGUAAACAAUGUUUUGAUCUUGACGAGUGCAAUAAAGCUCUUGAUGAUUGUCACCAAAACGCUACCUGUAUCAAUACCCCUGGAAGUUAUUUCUGUAAAUGUGCGAAAGGACUUAUCGGUGACGGCAAACAGAAGUGUUCUAGACCGGGACUCUACCCUGUCCACUUCAGUGUUAAUAUCGAGAGUAAAUUGAUUAAAGGAUUUGAGUUUAUUCGUUCACCCAAUUAG